AUGUUUUCAGUUUCUAAAUUUAAGAGAUUUAAUGUUGGUUUACCCUCUGCUGCCCUAAGAUGUGAUAUAAAGGAGGUCAAUUCGGCAAACAAAGAGUAUUUCACUGCUUGUUGGCAGGAUCUGAUGAUGGUAACGAAGGCACUGAACAGAAAUGCUCUGACUGAAGAUGAUAGCACUAGAAAAGAACACUAUGGCCAGAACCAACAGGUCACAUUCAUUGUGCAGAAUUCUCCUGAUCAGAAGAUGAGGAUAGGCAGACUUGGAGAGAAAGCAGUGGAGUAUCAGCUCCCAUAUAAGAAUGUCCUACCAGUACCAGUCUUUGUGCCAUGCAAAAUAAAGUCAGUCACCAAAGAAGACCUCAAGCCCGAGUUUUCUCUAUCUCUAGAAGAAUUGAGAGGAAAAGAGAGAUUUGAAAGAGCACUAAACAACACGUGGUCAUUCCCUGACAAGCAGCAAGUUUCAAUAAUGGAAAAGGAGUUACCUCGCAUUGUGCAGCCAGCAAGUGGGAACUUCAGGGCCUCAGCUCUUUUGUCUCCCCUGAAUAUAUAUUCACAGCCUGAAGCUGCUCACAGAGGCUGAGUGUGGAGUAAACUGGAACGUGUUCACUUGCAACAACAGUUAGUUUUAGGGCCUUAUAGUAAGAUAUGUUAAUGAAAAUUCUGCCAUUUGGGCCAUAAGGUUAUGUAUUAGUUUUAUUCCAAUGGAAUUUUUUUCAUAUUUGCCCAUUGUAUUUCAGCCGCAGGCAACAAAUACCUUGUCAAUUAU